AUGGCAAUGAGGACUCUGUUCGAGGCUUGCGAUACAGAUGGCACUGGAACAAUACCGUUGAAGGAGCUCAAAAACAGGCUUGUGGCUGCCGGUUUUGAUGUGAAAGGCUCCGCCUUGGCGGAGAUUGUCAACAUCAUCGACAGCAGCGGCCGAAGGGUCGUCACCUUUUCUGAAUUCAUGCAGCUUGUGACCCCGUCGUCGGACCUGUCUUCUCCAGAGGAGGUUUUAAAGACCUUUAAGCAAAUGGAUUCCGAUGGCUCCGGCCGCAUAUCUGUUAGGCACAUAUGUCGAGCCCUGAAAUCGUCGGACCUGUCUUCUCCAGAGGAGGUUUUAAAGACCUUUAAGCAAAUGGAUUCCGAUGGCUCCGGGCGCAUAUCUGUUAGGCACAUAUGUCGAGCCCUGAAGGAGGCCAACAUGACCUCCACUAUUGCCCAGGAGCUCUUGAGUCAAGCAGAUGCUGACAAUGACGGUUGCAUCUUGCUGCAAGAACUGCAGGAGGUUUUUAGCAAACAGACAUACCCGUAG